AGAGCGAGAGAGAGAUAUUUUUUUUCUUUUUUAAUUUGAAACAUGUUGUUGAUUUUUUUCUUUUGUGGAGGGGUUUUGUUUGAUUUUAUUUUUGAAGUUGUGAGGGAAAAAUGAGGGAAUUUAUGAGGCUGUAGUGUUUAGUGGAGUGUAGUAACUAAAGUCUUGUUGUGUUGUGUGGUUCUCUUUUGGUCUAGCAGGAUCAGAAAUAUCCAUUCUUGGUGCUGCUACAGUGCACGUGUGAGGACUUAGUUUUAUAAUUCUGGUGGAUGAAGAAAGGAAAGGAAAAUUGUGUGUAGUAUAAUGAGAAGUGUACUCGCUAAAAGAUUUCAUCUUAUUUUCUGUAGUGUCCGCUGCACUGCAAGGUUAGUAUUUUUACUUGAGGAGCUGAGUUAUUGAGCUUUGGCUUGAUCAGAAGCAAGGUUCUUUUUGCUAUUUCUGUGAAAUAAGGUAUUGAUUGAAGAUGGUAAUGCUGGAACUUAGCGAGUGUGGUAGUAGCAGGCGAAUUCCUCGAUUUCUUGGAUGUGUUUGUUCUGGCUUACAUGCAGCCCAAGGGGGGUAACCAUGGAGGGCUCAUCUGAGUCUGCUUGGCAGAAGUCUGGUAGUUAUAGGGGAUUUAAUACUUCAGCAGUCACCAACAGGAAUCUGAGAUCCGCAUCUUACAAUUCUGGGUUUAGAAAGGAGACUGAUAGGGUUAUUCUGGCUCGUCAAAUCCUAAAAAACCAGGCUGGUACUUUAUCUGGGGUUUGUGAGGAUGAAGCUGCAGUUGACCAUUUCGUCCAAAACAUGGAGUGGAACGAUGUUAGCUUGAGGCAUUGGUUGAACAAACCAGAACGGUCUGUUGAUGAAUUUGAAUGUUUGCACAUAUUUAGGCAAAUAGUCGAAGUUGUAAAUGUGGCACAUUCACAGGGAAUUGUUGUUCACAAUGUCAGGCCUUCUUGCUUUGUCAUGUCAUCAUUUAACCAUGUCUCCUUCAUCGAGUCCGUUUCUUACUCGGAUUCUGGGUCUGAUUCUUUGGAUGAUGGAUUGAAUAGCCAAACUGUGGAGGUUAAAAAUUCUUCAUCUUCCCCCCAUGACAUGUGCCAGCAGAGAAGUAGUUUGCAAAGUGAAGAUUUUCUACCUGCAUCUACUCCAACAAAUGCUUUAUCGGAAGCCAGUUGCAUGCAGUCCAGCUCACUUUAUGCAGCAGAUUUACCAUUAGGGGAAGAAACAGAAGAAAAAAAAGUCCUUGGUACGAGGAACGUUGAACAUGAAGAAGAAAGGAAACAAUCAUUUCCAAUGAAGCAAAUAUUGCUGAUGGAGUCCAGUUGGUAUACCAGCCCUGAAGAGGUUGCUGGGUCACCAAGCUCUUGUGCUUCAGACAUCUACCAAUUGGGAGUUCUUCUUUUCGAGCUGUUCAACCCAUUCACUUCAAGGGAAGACAAGAGCAGAACUAUGUCUAGUCUCAGACAUCGAGUUCUUCCUCCUCAACUGCUGCUCAAGUGGCCAAAAGAAGCUUCAUUUUGCUUAUGGUUACUGCACCCUGAGCCAAGUAGCCGGCCAAAAAUGGGAGAAUUACUGCAAAGCGAGUUUCUUAAUGAACCAAGAGACUAUUUGGAAGAGCGUGAAGCAGCAAUACAGCUUAGAGAGAGAAUAGAGGAGCAGGAAUUGUUGCUGGAAUUCCUUUUACCAAUGCAAAAAAGAAAGCAGGAUGCAGCUAAUAAGUUGCAAGAAACUGUUUCUCUUCUAUGUUCUGAUAUUGAAGAAGUCACAAAGCAUCAAACUUUUCUUAAGAAAAAGGGAAGCACAUGUAAAGAAAGUGGAGAAGGUGAUCAUUUAGCAUCAAAUCUCCCUCCCCUGAGCAUUUAUGAUAAUGACGAUUCUUCUAGCAUGGGUUCCCGAAAACGAUUUUGCUCAGGUCUUCAGAUUCUCAACAUAGAGGGAUGUGAUGAUAAUCUCGAUGAAGGUCGGAACUCAGAUACAUUUGUAGAAUCACAGGAAAGUCCUCUUUUUAGAAGUUCUCGAUUGAUGAAGAACUUUAAGAAAUUAGAGUCAGCAUAUUUUUUGACAAGAUCCAGACCAGUCAGGCCACCAGGGAAACCACCAUUUGUUAGAAAUUCACCAGUAAGUGGUGAUGGGAGAGGUUCCAUUGUUGUGACUGAAAGAAGCUCCAUAAAUAGUUUAGCACUGAAGGAUCGGUUUAUUGAGGGUAGACAAAGUGGAUGGAUAAGUCCAUUCCUUGAGGGUUUGUGCAAGUAUCUAUCUUUUAGCAAGUUAAAAGUGAAGGCUGACCUGAAGCAAGGGGAUUUGUUGAACUCUUCGAACCUAGUCUGCUCUAUUAGUUUUGAUCGUGAUGGAGAAUUUUUUGCUACAGCUGGUGUAAAUAAAAAGAUAAAAGUAUUUGAAUGUGAUACAAUUAUAAAUGAAGCUCGUGAUAUCCAUUAUCCUGUUGUUGAAAUGGUCUGUAGGUCAAAGCUAAGCAGCAUAUGUUGGAACAGAUAUAUUACAAGCCAAAUUGCUUCAAGUAACUUUGAGGGUGUGGUGCAGGUAUGGGAUGUUACAAGGAGUCAAGUGGUAACAGAAAUGAGAGAGCAUGAGAGGCGUGUGUGGUCCAUUGACUUUUCAUCAGCAGAUCCAACAAUGCUGGCUAGUGGGAGUGAUGAUGGUUCAGUCAAGCUAUGGAGUAUCAAUCAGAGAGUAAGUAUUGGUUCCAUCAAAACAAAAGCCAAUGUCUGCUCCGUUCAGUUUCCCAUGGAUUCUAGUCGUUCUAUUGCAUUUGGUUCAGCAGAUCAUAGAAUUUAUUACUAUGAUCUCCGUAACUCAAAAGUUCCUCUAUGUACAUUGACUGGACACAAUAAAACUGUGAGUUAUGUGAAGUUUGUAGAUUCAACCAAUCUUGUUUCUGCUUCCACGGAUAACACGCUGAAGCUCUGGGAUUUGUCAAUGGGCACGUCUAGGGUUAUUGAUAGCCCCAUUCAAUCCUUCACAGGCCACAUGAAUGUAAAGAACUUCGUGGGUUUGUCUGUAUCAGAUGGAUACAUUGCAACUGGCUCGGAAACGAAUGAGGUUUUUGUCUAUCACAAGGCUUUCCCUAUGCCAGUGCUGUCCUUCAAGUUUAACAACACGGACCCGCUUUCUGACCAUGAAAUGGAUGACGCUGCACAAUUUAUUUCUUCUGUCUGUUGGCGUGGCCAGUCAUCUACUUUGGUUGCUGCGAAUUCUACUGGGAAUAUCAAAAUCUUGGAGAUGCUUUGAUUUGGUCGACGCUCCAGACAACAUGAUUUUAGCUUAAAGGACCAAAGAUGGUCUCAGUGCAGCAAAAAUGGAACGAAGACGAUAAUCUUUCACCAAAGGCAAUUGUGUAGCUUACUUGUAUAGGAACCGGGUGUUUUUUUUUUCUUCAAAAAAGAAAAUAUAUAAACAAGUUUUGGAAUUAGAUAAUAGCAGAAAUAGUCAACACGAGAAAUAAUGGUCUCGAUUCACUGUAUUGUAGAUAGAAUUCAGGGGGAAGGAGGAGCAAAAAUUAUGUCUUGUAUAUUCUGGCAAUGGUUAUAGUUGAUCAUUUUUUAUAAUUAUAAUGGAUGUUAACUUCAUCCUUUACCUU